AUGACAAUCUUCGGUGGAGGCCAGCAGAAGCAAGCACCGCUUAUCGGAGACUCGGGUAUUCCUGCAUAUUGUCUCAAAAAAAUCGGCUCACGACAUAUUUUGGUAGCCGGUGGCGGAGGAGCUUCGAAAACUGGAGUUCAGAACGAAAUUCAGACCCAUCUCUUCACUACCGGCAGUGCUAACAAAGAUGUUGGAUUUCAAGCACAAUUAGUCGACACUUUUGACACGGGUUCAAUGGCCACAAUGAAUAUGGAUGUCGCUUGUGCCGUUGAUGAAAACGCCGCGAAAUAUGUUAUUGCUGCGGGACAAGAUGAUAACUGUGUCUUGUACAUGACUCGAAAAUUCCGAUUAAAUGAGCUGGAAAACGACAGUUUAUGUUUCGAAAUCAGUAAAGUCGCUCAAGUUCGAUCGGAUUAUCAUUCCACGAGCGCCUAUCAAAAAUGCGUUCGUUUCGACAAAAAUUCGCGAGGAAAGAUUUUCGCGACGGGCGGUGCUGAUGGAUAUAUUCGGUUAUGGGAUGCUCAAGUGGUUUUCCGAGCUGAAAACGAAAAUGCCCAACCAGUACUUAAAAUUCAAGCACACAAAGCAGAUGUAGAUGAUAUUGAUUUUUCGAGUGAUUCGAAUUCUAUAAUUUCUGUUGGCGCUGAGGGGGCAUUCUUGUGGAGUAAACAAACUGGAGAACGACUCCUUGAUUUGCAGUUCCCAAUUGAAAUUGCCAGAGGAUUUAAGAUGCGAUCAGCACGUUGUACACCUCUUGGAAAUGCUAAUGGAAGUACCGUAUUCGUCGCUGCAUACAAUUCGAUUUCAAGAGGAUCCAAGGAUCAAGCAUGUUACUUAUCACUGUGGACGUUUAAUAGUCAGAGAAAAGUGGCACGUCCGAUUGUGACAAAAUUGAUAGCCAAGAAUCAGGCAAUUUCCUCCUUGGCUGUCUCUGAUUGCGGUAACUACACAGCUGUCGGCACAAUGUCUGGAGGUGUCGGAGUAUUUGAUACUCACGAAUUCCGUCGUCUCUACUUUGCUCCGGAAUCCCAUGGUCUCUUCGUCACUGGAAUCGAAUUCGUCUCUAAAGUUGCCCCAUCAAAUUGUGAAGAUAUUCGACAAGAAACGCCGGGAAUCGCUUCAGGAUUCCGUUGUGCUGUUGUCACUUUGGCUGCUGAUAAAACAAUGCAACUUCAUCGUGUUCCUCAUGCUCAACCACAACCAUUUAGUGAAUUUUUGUUUAUUAUAUCAUUUAUUAGUUUAAUUUUCACAUGGUUAGCAUCAUUUUUAAUUGUGGUGUGA